CUCCGUACAUUUUCAAUCUUUUUAAUUUAAUUACUGAUUUAAGUUUCUAAGUAAUUGUACGGUUCCGGAUACCUAAUAAAAAUGGCAUACGACAACCAAGUAAUAGCAGACAUAAUGAAGGACAUUGGCUGUGGUGACGGCUUUCAUGUACCGGUAGCAAAUGAAGAAAAUCAAUUACUCGAAAAAGAGAUAAAAGAAUUGCUUAAAAAAAAAGCGGAACUGUUGGUUACUGAUGAAUCAUUGGAUAAUGAAUUACGUGAUAAUAAAAAUAUAUUAACCAAUUUAUCAUCUCACGAGGUUCAAAAUCAGAAAUUGAUCAUAGCCAAUCGUCAACAAUAUGAGACAGAACAACAUAUGCUGAUGACAGCUCAAAAAGACAACGAUUAUUUAUCUCGUGAAAAUAAAGAAUUGAAACAAAAUCUCAAUGAAUUGAUUGAAAAUCAGAAUAAAAUGGAAAAUGAGUUGGUAAAAAACGACGAACAAAUAAAAAAAUUGAGGGAAACUAUCGAGUGGGGCGAAGAAACGCUUUCGGCAUGGAACAACGAUUUAACUAAGCAAUGUACCGAUGUAGAUAUUCUUGAGACAUAUCAUUUAGGGGAUAAUAACAGGUUUAAGGAAUUAGAAUUACAAAGACAGUAUCUUCAACGGGAUGUGAUUGAAAGAGAGUCUAUCGUGGAAAAAGAAGUAGGUGAACUCCUUCAAGUAGAAAGAGAACUGGAACAAACUGCUAAGUUAACUAAACAAGCACAACAAGAAAGAAACCAUCGGCUUGAGCAAUGGGAAAACGCUGCUAAUUUUUUGAACUCUAAUCGAAAAGAUUCACAGAAUAUCGUUGAAGAAAUAAAUAAAAUUAGAUUAGAUGCUCGUAUAAUGUAUGAUAACAUGAAUGAAAAUAAACAAAUGUAUCAAGAAUAUUUAGAAAAAAAUGAAGAAUUAGAAUAUAAAACGGAAGAAGUAAAUAAAGUCAAUAAUGAGCUGAAGUUAUUGACCCUUAAUAAGCUUUCGGAAACUACAGAUUUACAAUCAGAGGUGUUAUCAAUUCAAAAAACCCUUAGUGUUAUGGGUAAUAAUUUAGAAAACGAGCGUACAAAACGUAAGCAUAUGGAAAAUGAAUUAAUAAAAUUGAAAACUCAGAUACAACAAAAAGAAAAAGGCUUAACCAAAGUAAAGGAUGAUUUGUCUAAAAUCAAAAACAAAUCAAUGACUACAGAAGAGAGGUUAAAUGAACUGAACUUGAUCUACAAUCAAAAAAAAGCUGAAGCAGAAAAUUUCUUAUCAGAAAAAAAUAAAAUGGUUACUUCCGCGUAUAACGUAAGAAAUGAAAUAAGCCAGGAAAAAAUUAACAUUGAUUUAUUGACAAGUCAAUUAGAACGAAUUUGUAACAAACAAAAUAUAUUGAGUAAAGAAGAAUCGAGAUUAAAAAAAUUAAUUUUGGAAAAAAAAGAACUUAUAUAUAACUUGAGCUUUCAACUCGAAACUAUACGUAUAGAAACUUCUGAAGCCAAAGGAACCACGGAUAUUGAAGAAAUGAAAGUUUUGCAAGAAAAGCUACAAAUGUGUAAUGAAGAGUUAAGCCAGGCCAACGAACAUCAACGUGAGUUAGAAAAGCAGUUGAAAUCGAUUGAAAGCGAGACCCGACGUGUAACCAAACAAAUUGAAAAAAAUACUGUAGAAUUAGAAAUGCUCCGGAAUCGAGUAGAUGAGUUGAACGUCACCAAUGAAGGAGGCGUAAAGCAAAUUCAAGUCUUAAAAGAAACAAAUCAUCGGUAUCACAUGGAGGAAAUGAUGGUGAAGCUCAAAAUAGAACAAAUGAAGAAGUUAACGGACAAUGAAUGCGAAAAAGUGUAUUCGUUAGCUCAGCAGCGCGAGGAAUUAACAAUGGGUAUAAACAAUAGGAAAAGUGAAGUGGCGGAAAUGUACAAGCGAAUCAGCGAAGAGAAAAAAUUGCUAUCAGAUGAGAAGUCAACGACGAAACGCAAGCUGGAUUCGUUGGUACAGUACAUUGAACAGCGAAAGAUCAAACACCAGAUACUUUUGUCUACGAUGAGAGGCCCCUCGUCCCCGGCGACAGCGGAUGACGGCGAUGGCGAUUGCGACGACGAAGAUGAAGACUUAUCGUCAUUCAGGAUUAGCGAGCACCGGAUUCGGGUGGCCCAAGAGAAGCUUGAGCUUCAGGAGACUGGAGACCGACUGGAUGAGCGUGUACAGAAGCUGGAGACCGAGAUCCGGGCCAUGGAGAACACGCUUCAUGUACUAAAUGCCAACAACAAUUGUUAUAAGUCCGGCAUGUCUUCCGUAAACCCGGCUAGUGAAGAGUACAAAGAAAAGGUUGCUUUAGAGGAGACUUACGAAAAACUUAACAGCAUGUGGCUGCAGAAAAAGAAAACACUCGAAAAUUUGGAGAACGAGAUUCAAAAUCUAGAAGUUCAGUAUAAGACAAACAGUGAAGAAUUAGAAAGUUUAAUCAACAUUCGAGACAUCAAAGACAGUGAACGUGAACGUGUGCUUAAAGAGUCCAAUGAACAAAUGAUGAAACUAAACCGAGCAAAUAACCGAAUCGAGUUUGAUAUGAAAACAAUUGACAAAUGUUGUAAUCCUGAUAAACGGAGUGCACUUGAAUUAAUAAAACGGGAUAUCAUAGUGAGGAUGAUGAAAAAAGUGAAUAAGUGCGUUUUGGAGCAGUUGUCGGAAAUGUCUGUUCGACAUAUUGGAGUUGAACCAACCAUCAAGCAAUAUUUAUCAGAAAAGAACUUGGAGCUACCCGCUGUUUCUGGUCUAUUUUUGAAUCAAGUCAAAUCAAGUUGUGGUUCUAGUUCGGUGUCAUUGAUUAGCAGUAAUUCCAGCAGUGUUAAAAGCUAUUCGGAUGAAGACAAGCAGUGUUCGUAUUCUGUAGUGAACUUACAACCCGCGGCUUUAAGCGGGUCCAUUAAAUCCGGUACUUCAAUCAUGACGAAACGAAACAAAUAAUGAAACGUUGUAAUUUUACAGAUAAAUAUAUUUUCAUUUUGGGUGUAUUUGAAACGGCCAAAAGCCCAAAAGUAAUGACACUUAUUAAGUUCAUUGAAAUAUACAAUUUUAUAUUGUUAAUUAUGAAAGUGUCAAUAUCAUAAAUUGUCCUUUUAGUUUUUAGACUUAAGGUGGUUGGAAGCAAAAUAUUAUUUAUUUUAUGAUUUAGAAUAUUUAGAUAAAUUAUUAUUAGAUAAAAUUAAAACUACUUAGAAUAAUCAGAUUAUUCGCAUUCAGUUCUGUAAAAACUUUAUUGAUUUAUUUUUAAAGAAAAAUGUUCUCUUUUUCAAUAUAAAUUGUAUUAAAACCCUAUUAUUAUUUCUACAGUAGUCUAGAAAAAAGGCCGAUAAGGUUAAAUGUCUGUAUAAAAUUAAAAUUAAUUUAUUCUUAAUAUGUGUGGUUUUGUCAAGUUUUAUUAGUUCUUAAUUAGUAAAAUUAGUUUACAUUGUAUGAACAAUAUAUAUAUAUAUAUAUAUAUUUUAAAUUCAAUAUGAUAUGUCUUCUGAAUAUGAGGUUGGUGCUCGAGAAUCUUACAUAUAAUAUGAUCAUUCACUACAAUCUAAAUAAUUGCCUACUAAUUAUUCCUUAGAAAAGGAGUGAUUUGAAUCAUCUCAAGUAAUAUAAAUCCACAAGGAACAAGACGUAAGAUAAUAGACACGUCAACCUAACGUGUUGCUCAAUUUAUCACAUACGUUGACUAUUAUUUUUUUUAAAGGACCAUCCAACUCAAAAAAUCAAUAAUUAUUUUAUUACCAAAAAAUAGAAUAAAAUCUUACUAAGAUAAUGAUACAACUAAAAUUCGUUAAUGAUUAUUCGUUCGCUAGUUACGGUGAAUUUUGACAUUGCGCGUGACGUCACGGAUUCGUUUCCCUCGGCGGCGGCCAUACAUAAUACACGGCAAUAUUUAUCAAUUUUUGUUUAACUUAAAAUAAUUGCUAAUUAACUUAUUUUUUUUCGAAUGAACUAAUCAAAUGUAUUUAAGAGUACCUCAUAAUUUUUCCAUUCGUAUAAUAAUAUCACAAAAAAUAACAUUUAAAUAAAUUAUAUUACGAAUUUAUCAUAUAUUAACUACAGCUAGUAAACGUGUGUAAUAUUGUUCUGAAGAUCGUAACAUCGUGUACCUAUAGAUCUUUUACGUCUAAGCUGGCUACUUAAAUAUUUAAAUUUCACUCAUGUUUAGGAGUUUUUAAUCGUUUUUAAUCGUUUUCAACGCCUCAUAUCGUAAUACCACUCAUUUACUUA